GACAAAAUUAUUUUGUUUCCCGUCGUAGCAAAGUUUAUUUCCUCUAAAGUAAUUAGAAUGUUGUCCAUUAUUAAUUUUAGGUUAUACAUUUUUACAUAGUUCGCUAUAUUUAGAUUAUUCAUGCUUCUUUCCAUCUUACAUCAGUGGUCGCCAUACUGUAGCAACUUUUAAAUAUUUACAUGUGUACCCGUACAACCCCCAAUUAUUUAAGUUGAUGAUAACCUAAAUAUUUCCGAACCCUGUAAUAAAAUUGUUUACCACGGAAAUGUAAGGUAAUUGGUUCAAAUUCUGACUUUAGACUGCAAUUUCUGCCAUGAAAUUAAGACUAAUUUCGGAAGUUACAGCCAGUAAUCUACUUAUCUUCUCAUUGUUUUCCAAUUUUUCCGAAUAUUUAAUUCCCCCAUAAAUAAGUCGCCAACUUUUUUGUGUAACCCCUCAUACUCAUCUCUGUCCUAGUUAAACUGAAAAAUAUAAGUAGAAUGUUGCAACCUAUUUAGAACUCAGUACGCAAAUCACGCAGGCCUUGGUAUGUAAGUAAAAUCGUAAAAUUCGUAAACUUACAAAGUUUAAAAAAAUAAAAUUAGCUUACAAAUUUUUGUAAAUUUACUCGGAUGAAGGACGUCUCAUCAUUUUGUAAAAGUUUGAAAAAUUAUUUCACAAAACGUCCAAAUUUUACAAGUUACCAAUGACCGCAUGAAUUAUGUGCCUCAGUAAAAAAUAGGUAACAGCGACAUGUAUAGCAAAUCCGGACUAAAAUUAGUGUAUCAUUCCCUCUUCAUCCCUCUGCUCGUGGGAGUGAGCCCUUUCAAUUUUGACCUGCAUAAGAGAAAAUUUUACACUACGAAAUUUUCAGGAGUGAAAUUUUACUUGGCAACUUUAUUUUUUUGCGGCCUUACAACUUUCUUCUGCGGAAGGACGGCGGAAAUUUUUUGGUGGAAAUGGAAUGAUCAGCGUGGCAAAUUUCAUAUUUGUUAUGCCUUCUCAACCGUCGCAAUGCUAACGCUUGGUUCCAUGGUUUGUAUAACUUUGAAACAUUCCGACAUUUGUCUCUGGUCGACGUGGGUGGUCAGAUACACGGUCAAGUUCGAACAGAGAUGGAUUCCAUCUUACAACCCGAGACGAUCCUUGACAGGACUUGGUUUGGACCACAGAACUAUACUAUUCUAUCUAGAAGAAGUACUGGACGAGCGAUAGUAGCCACACUAUGAGCGCCGUCUAUGCACAUUCACCAACUAAUAAUACACUGGUAGGUGUUGCACCCGAGCGCCACCACUUCUCACCUAGCAACUAAAUAAUACACAGAUGGGUAUGUGCGCCACCGUCGCUCCAGUUGACACACAACUUUGUAUACUCAAAUCAGCAGGGAAACAUACCCAUUGGUUUGGACGUAAUGAUUGUGAUGUGCAUCUUAUUUUUUUCUACGGUUCCAUGGACCACGGUUCUGCAUUACUUUCUCUUCCCUGACACCCCGAUCCUGCUCCCCACCGUCCUCCCCCCGAGGUGGAGAUAUUCAUCCCUCGUGUAUUGGGGUUACUCCUUCGUCCCCAUGUAUUACGCGUUUGGGAUUUGGCAAGAAAUGUGGAUUGUGAGUCUGCUCGUGGUCGUUUACAUUUUUUCGAUCCUGCCCCUCAUCAAUUGCGAGUUUAGGGUGGGGCCCUUGAAACACAAGUCCUCGCCCGAACUACGCUCUUCUGUUUGGAAUCUAACCGCUGAAUAUAGAAGAGUGGAAGUGAUGCAUCAACUGUUUUUGGACAUUAUCGGCUCGCCCUUACUCGUCUUGCAAUUCGCGUUUGGACAGUUUUCUUUGUUUUGUAAUGUAUCCGUAAUUCAUGGCAGAGAUUCAAUGGACACUCCCACAAAGUUGCUCCUCAUCCUCUGGUCUUUGACGAUGCAGAUCAUGUGGAUCCUGGUCCUUGAGACGUCUGGUUAUUUCCGAGAAUAUGCCAAAACAACGUUGCGUUCGUGGAAGCAACUUUCCUGUGCAUCGCGAGAGGAGAAAAGCUAUUUCUCAAAAUUUCGGAGGGGAUGUCGGCCCUUGAAAAUAGGAACUGGAGGAGUCUUCACAAUUACGCGAUUGUCCUCGCCUAAGUUUAUGAGGAGCAUAAUUCGCGGAACGUUUAGGGCUUUGUUAAUUCGAAAAUGAAUGUGACGCACAAUUAUGGAGAUAAGCAGAAAUUGACGCAUUGACUGAAUUUACAUAUUUCUUUCUGCUCUAUGAUAUUUUUAUGAUAUUUUUAAUUCGUAGAUUAAAAACAUAUGUAUGUAAUGACAAGGUCUCUGCACUUGGGGGUUGCUUUGGAGAUGAAUUCGAAGCUACAA